AUGAGAUUAUCUACUGUUUUAUUGUCUUCAGUCUUGAUGACUGCUAUCAACGCUGCUCCAGCUUUACACACCGUGUUUGUCACUGCUUUCACCACUGUCCUUGUCGACUCCAAGGGUAACACCAUCUACCCAUCUGCUACUGAAGCUCCAGCUCCAGCUCCAACUACUCAAGCCCCAGCUCCAGCUCCAGAACCAACUACUUCUAGCCAAGCUCCAGCUCCAGCCCCAGAACCAACUACUUCCAGCCAAGCUCCAGCCCCAGCUCCAGAACCAACUACUUCUUCUUCCUCUGCUCCUGCUCCAGCUGAAACUGCCAAGCCUUCCGCUCAAGGUUCUUCUUCUCAACCAUCUGGCAGUAUCCACCACGGUCAAGGUACUUACUACGACACCGGUAUGGGUGCUUGUGGUGUUGUCUCUUCUGACUCUGACUACAUUAUUGCUAUUUCCCACACCAUGUUCGAUGCUGCUUUAACCGACGGUAACCCAAACCACAACCCAUUGUGUGGUAAGAAGAUCAGAGCUUUCUACGGCGGUAACUCUGUUGAUGUCACUAUUGUCGACAGAUGUGUUGGUUGCGCUGAAGAUGAUUUAGACUUCUCCCCAGCUGCCUUCAAGCAAAUUGCUGAUCCAGGUUUAGGUAGAAUCGAUAUCACUUGGCAAUGGUUGUAA